AUUUCUUCCCUCCAAAUCUUCCCCAUUAUUUUACUUUAUUUUAUUUGUUUUCUCCCGCGGGGAAAUCUUCAUAAAGAGACAAGACUAUGGAUAAACUGGUGGCAAAUCAACGGCUAUCAUUGGAUGAGCUGCAUUUUACAUGGGGUAUGCAAUACCGUUGGGUGGGAGGCAUAUUUAAUGGCGAAUGGGGACGUUAUCUUCAACCGUCAUCCCCUCUGCACACCACCUGUUCGAUCAAAUUCUUCAGACAGCUUCUGGGUCUCAAAUUUCACUCUGGACCCCAAAAAAGAGGUCUUUGGGUUUUCAGAAUUCACUUCAUAGCUCUGAAUUCUACUCCAAGUCCUAUGUGGGAGCAACUUCUAAGUGGGUUCACUCUGCUUUUUUUGUCCAUAUAAUUGAAGUCAUGCUGGUUGCUCUGUCCACAAACUAAAGAGGGACAAAAUCAAUGGAGAACAACCGAGACGUCGGCAAUAGUGAGCCUGCAGACAAAUGGAUGGCAUUUGACAGAAAAUCAAAUGAAGCAGGAGAAGACAGAAAAAAUUCGCAAUCUUCUUCCAAAAGGGCGGUAACAACAGAAGCAAUUAUAGCAGAAAGGGCGGCGGAAUGGGGACUGGUGGUGGAGACAGACGUGGAGGAAGGCAGUUUCAAGGCCAUUGUGGGGAGAGCAUCAGGGGAGGGAGGCGGCAGCAAAAGGUCAUCGGAGAAAAUCAGUGACUCAGGAAGAACGUCUAGCUUUAGCAAAGAAACCUCGGGAGUUUUUCCGAGGGUAUCACAAGAGUUGAAGGAUGCUUUGGCUUCUUUGGAACAGACAUUCGUUGUCUCUGAUGCCACUAAACCGGAGUGCCCCAUCGUUUAUGCGAGCAGUGGGUUUUUUGGCAUGACUGGUUAUGCGUCUGAGGAAGUCAUUGGAAGGAACUGUCGUUUUCUUCAGGGACCAGAGACGGACCAGAAAGAAGUUGACAAAAUUCGAUAUGCAGUGAAAAACGGCAAAAGCUACUGCGGGAGGCUCUUGAACUACAAGAAGAAUGGCACUCCUUUCUGGAAUCUUCUGACAGUCACGCCUAUCAAGGAUGACAACGGCAAUACCAUUAAAUUUAUUGGAAUGCAGGUAGAAGUAAGCAAGUUCACAGAAGGUAUCAAUGAGAGAGCAUUACGACCAAAUGGGUUGCCUAAGUCAUUAAUCCGCUAUGAUGCUCGCCAGAAGGAAAAGGCAUUGGUUUCCAUCACAGAGGUUGUUCAAACUGUGAAGAAUCCUCGAUCUCAUAGUCGAGCUGUGAGUCACGACAGUACCAGGAAUAAAGAAUACUUAGAGAAGUUUAAUCUUGACCAUAUUCUUCCAAAGUCAGUUGAAGCUGCAAAUGAUACACCUGGUAGACAAACUCCUCAACAGGAUCCCAGAGAUGAUGGCUUAGGCAAGAAACCUAGGUUAUCGAGUCGCGUUUCUUUAAUGGGGUUUAAAGGGAGAUCUAUGAGCAGUUCAAGGAAGCUUGAAGAGACAAUAACCUUUGAACCGGAAAUUUUGAUGACUGAUGAAAUAGAGCGGUCUGAUAGUUGGGACCGUUCUGAAAUGGACAGAGAUGUUCGCCAAGGAAUUGAUUUAGCUACCACAUUGGAACGCAUUGAGAAAAAUUUUGUCAUUACUGAUCCAAGACUUCCUGACAAUCCAAUUAUAUUUGCAUCCGACAGCUUUCUUGAAUUGACAGAAUAUACACGUGAAGAAAUUUUGGGACGGAACUGCCGGUUUCUCCAAGGACCUGAAACAGAUCAAGAAACUGUCUCAAAGAUAAGAGAUGCAAUCAGGGAGCAAAGAGAAAUAACUGUUCAGUUGAUCAACUAUACCAAGACUGGUAAGAAGUUCUGGAAUUUAUUCCACUUGCAACCGAUGCGUGAUGAAACGGGAGAGCUUCAGUACUUUAUUGGUGUACAGCUAGAUGGAAGUGGCCAUGUGGAACCUUUGCAAAACCGCCUUUCUGAGACAGCAGAACAACAAAGUGCCAUGCUGGUUAAAGCCACUGCAGAGAAUGUCGAUGAGGCUGUUCGUGAACUUCCCGAUGCCAACUUGAGACCAGAAGAUUUAUGGGCAAUUCAUUCUCAACCAGUCUUCCCAAGGCCUCACAAGAAGCAUAAUCCUUCUUGGACUGCUAUACAAAAGAUUAUUCGACGUGGUGAAAAAAUUGGACUUCAACAUUUCAAACCAAUUAAACCACUGGGUUGUGGAGACACUGGCAGUGUUCAUCUGGUGGAACUUCUAGGUACAGACGAACUUUAUGCCUUGAAAGCAAUGGAGAAAUCAGCACUCUUGAAUCGAAACAAGGUCCACAGAGCAUGCAUGGAAAGGCAAAUCAUUGCGCUUCUGGAUCAUCCUUUUCUUCCAACACUAUACACUUCAUUUGAGACCCCUACACACGUUUGUUUGAUAACAGACUUUUUCCCUGGUGGGGAGUUAUUUGCAUUGCUUGAUAAGCAGCCAAUGAAAAUGUUUAAAGAGGAUUCUGCAAGGUUCUAUGCUGCAGAGGUCGUCAUUGGCUUGGAAUAUCUUCACUGUCUAGGAAUCAUUUAUCGGGAUCUGAAGCCCGAAAAUAUUCUUCUCCAAAAGGACGGACAUGUUAUUCUUGCUGACUUCGAUUUAUCACUUAUGACAUCCUGCAAACCACAGAUUGUGAAGUACCCAGUGACUAACAAGAGAAGGAGAUCUCGAAGUCAACCGCCCCCAGUAUUUGUUGCGGAGCCAGUCACACAAUCAAAUUCAUUUGUUGGAACUGAAGAGUAUAUUGCUCCUGAAAUUAUAACAGGCGAGGGCCACAGCAGCUCUAUUGAUUGGUGGGCUCUAGGUAUAUUGUUGUAUGAGAUGCUUUACGGUCGCACACCUUUCAGGGGAAAGAAUAGGCAGAAAACUUUCGGUAACAUCUUGCACAAAGAUCUCACCUUCCCGAGUAGCAUUCCGGUAAGUCUUGCUGCAAGGCAGUUGAUCAAUGCAUUGCUACAAAGAGACCCCGCCCGACGUUUAGGAUCAAGUACAGGUGCAAACGAAAUCAAAGAGCACCCAUUUUUCCAAUCAAUCAACUGGCCGCUGAUCCGAUGUAUGGUCCCACCACCAUUAGAAUCACCUCUUCACCUGACUGGGAAAGAUGAAAAGGCCAAGGUCGUAAACUGGGAAGAUGAUGGGGUGCUUAGUCCAAUGGAUAUGGAUUUUUUCUGAAGGUUCUCACCAGAGCAACUCAACAUGCAUUACAAUGGUUAGCUUUUUCCUGUUAGAAGUUGGUAACUGUCUUUAUGCAGGGCUGGUUAGGCUUGUACAAGUCAAAGUUUGUCGCGGUUGCACAUAGUCGGUAAGUCCCAGUUUGUUACUGGGACACAUAGCUACCCCGAUAACCGCUGUUUGUUAAUGUGAGGCCUUCACUGUGAUCGAAGUUCCGAUGCCACCGGGAUGGGAUGACAGGUGAUUUGUAUUUCAUGGUCAUAACCAUUCUACCUUAAGUCUUUGUAUGUAAUGACUGUCCAUAUAACAAGGAACGGAUAAUAAAAUUUUCAGCAAUAAUUAGAUGUACUCGUCUCUUUUUAUUGUGAUA